AUGCCUCCCAAACCCAACCAAUUCCCCUUCACCCCCCUCGAGCCCCUCAACCUCGAGCCUAUCCCGCGGUGCGAAAUCCAUUCCUCCGCCCAUCCACGCCCACGAACAUGCCAAGCAUGUAGGUACAACUAUCCCCCAUCGCUUCCUCAGUUUUCGAAUUCGCAGAUUACGGAGCUUACGGAUGACACGUAUAACACGCCUGAGUGGUUUGCGGCGUCGACUACGAAGCUCACGGAUGAUAUGAGUGAGUGGCUUGGGGGUAUUGAUAUCUCUGAGACAGGCAGUGGGGAGGAAGAGGAUUUGAGUGAGAGUCAGUUGAUUCAAAUUUGGGGGUUGGGGGACCAGUUGGAGUGGUCGGAUGAUAUGUCUGGAGUCCCGUCGGGAAGCGAGCCUGAGUAUGGAUCUGGGGGCGAGUCAGUGUAUCCCUUAGAGAGCCUCUCAGAGAGCCUAUCAGAGGGCCAAUCAGAAACAUAUUCAGGCGGAGCAUUAGAGCCCCCCCUAGAGAACCCGACGAUGAAUUCAGAGGUCCCAUCAGACACCUCAAUGCUCGACGCUCCCAGCAUCCCGUCCCUCACCUUCAGUUCCCCCUCAACUGACUCUCUCCCCAGCACAGCCGAUUACGGCAGUCUCCAUUUCUCCUUCGAGAACUCGGAUUGGGAUAUUACGGCCCUCACUCGGCCCACCCCAGCUUCGCUCAAUGGAGCGAGAGAGAUGACACCACCACUGCUGUCGCCGCCGCCCCUAGGGCCGUCCAUUCCUGCCCAAGAGCCAGCAGCCCCCACACCUGUGAAUGAGGCGCCUAGGAGUCCAUGGAGAGAGGAGCCUGGGGAUCCGUUUGUUGGCACUGGGAACGAGGAUGACGAGGAGGAGGAAGAGGAUUCGGAUUCUUGGGAUGGAAGUGAUGAAGAUGCUGAUUUUCUCGGCUUUGGUGGAGGGAGAAGCAGAGUUGGAAGCUUGGCAGAGAAGGAGAGCGAAUUUGGGGACUGGGUUGAGGGGUCUUGGGACGAUGAGGAGGUGAUUAUGGUGGUGAGGUUUGUGGGGCGCUGA